UUGGGCGUAUUUAAGCCGUUACUUGCUCUGAGGCAAACGAUUAUUGUCAGCACUUUGAAGGCAGUUAGACCGGACUCAUAAUCUAAGCUAACCCAUACAGGUGCUCAGUUGAAAAUACGCAAAACAAAUUCAGAAUGGCAAUCGCUAACAAGAACAUCAUCUUCGUCGCCGGUCUGGGAGGCAUUGGUCUGGACACGAGCCGGGAGAUCGUCAAGAGCGGCCCCAAGAACCUGGUGAUCUUGGAUCGUAUUGAGAACCCCGCGGCCAUUGCCGAGCUGAAGGCAAUCAAUCCUAAGGUUACCGUUACCUUCUAUCCUUAUGAUGUUACUGUUCCGCUGGCGGAGACCACCAAGCUCCUCACCACUGUGUUUGCCCAGCUCAAGACUGUUGAUCUCUUGAUCAAUGGCGCCGGCAUCCUUGACGAUCAUCAAAUCGAACGCACCAUUGCCGUCAAUUUCACCGGUCUGGUCAACACCACGACCGCCAUUCUGGAGUUCUGGGACAAGCGCAAGGGCGGCCCAGGCGGCGUUAUUGCCAACAUCUGCUCAGUGACUGGAUUCAACGCCAUCUACCAGGUGCCCGUUUACUCAGCCUCCAAGGCGGCUGUUGUCAGCUUCACCAGCUCAUUGGCUAAACUGGCCCCUAUUACUGGAGUGACUGCCUACUCCAUCAACCCUGGUAUUACCAAGACAACUCUGGUCCACAAAUUCAACUCUUGGCUCGAUGUGGAGCCUCGCGUUGCCGAGCUGUUGGAUGAGCAUCCCACUCAGACUACUCUCCAAUGCGCCCAGAACUUUGUCAAGGCAAUUGAGGCUAACCAGAAUGGUGCCAUCUGGAAACUGGACUUGGGUCGUUUGGACCCCGUCAACUGGACCAAGCACUGGGACUCUGGCAUCUAAAGUGUUUAGGCAGUUUAGAGCAAAUCAUUAUUGCGCAGUAGGUUAAGGUUAUAACAUAUAUUGUAAAUAUUCACGUAUCUCGCGUUCCACUCGUUUUUAAUUCGGUUCGAAUCGUUCACUACGUUCUAUUGUAUUUUGAAUAUGAUAAUAAACAUAAUAAAAAAAUCCAUGAAAUUCAAACAACAAA